GCGACACAAAACGUGACAAACGAUGAGACGGUAGCGCUCCUCCUCGAGGACAUGUGCGACCUGGGCGUGGCAGACAAUAUGUACGCGCACGACAAGAAUCGCGACUUCGUGCUCGACCCGAGGACGGGGGAAAGUCCGCCGAUGUGUCCGCUCGCAACGCUAGACUUGGACGGAAACGGUGUUGUGGACGUCGUUGAGUACACGAAGUUCUGCAAGCAUCAAGAGAGCGCGGGACGCGACGUGUUUCCCCAGGAAUCUUCUGACCGGUAUGGAGCGAGAGGAAGCACAACCUCGUCCGCGAACGACACGACAGGAGCUCCUGCUGCGUCCUCGGCCCUGGUACAAGUUGCAGUGCGACCACCCAGGAGGAAAAAGGAUGCAGAGGACUCAUCGUGGUGGUCGUGCUGUUGUAAUUCAGCAAGCAGCGAGGAGGAAAUCGAAAUGGAGAUUGAGGAAACGCGUCCUCCUGGCUUUCGUCGUCCUCCAGGCUGGACUCCUCCCAGCAGCGGUGGUGUCAUUACAACCGGACGCGCGUUCAAGGUAGACGACUUUGAAAUUACCGAUUGUACCGGAAGAAGGAGAAGGUUCGACUGUGCCGGUGUGAGACCCGCCUUGGAUACGGAAACAGGACGUUUUGGGGUCGCAGCGGGCAACGAUGGAUUUUGGGGAAUGCUGGGCACGGCAAGAGACGAAAAAGCGCAAGGGAACAGAGUAACGGGCGCCAUGUAUCAAAAUGCACAUGACGGAAUUGUGAACCGCGUCGGAGGGAAUGCAGCUGCAAGAGAUCGUUUCACGAGAGACCGCGAAGGUAAUCCACGUUCGCGCCCGUUUAUCCCUUACACGGCUGUUACUCGUCGCAGCGGAUGGAAGGAAGACAAAGAAAAAGCGCGCUGGCAAGACUGGCUUCUGCGGCAAACGCAACCAACAGUGCAUGCAACGGUGGCAAGCACGAGGCAGACGUUUCCGAUAGGUGACCGCGAUAAUGACGACAGCGAGGAGAGUACGUCGACCCAAGGAACAACCGGGACGGGGGGUGGGUGGCGGUUUUGGCGGAGUUCCUUCGUGCAGUUUUCGGCUGAUGAUCGAGACCGGAGAGCGACGGUUCCCGCUUCUUCUGCCGGGUUACCAGAACUGCUGGUGAGCGAAACUCGAGGGGAGAGUGCAGAUGCUAUCGCUCCUUACGAAGGUGAAUUUGGAACCAGCAGCACGGAGUUCCUUGGCCAGACCGCCGAACAAGCGGAAACGCCGUCAAUUGCAACUGCGGCCGUCACUGACGCAGAAACUGCACCUGCUGUUUCGGCCGUAGAGCUGAGGGGCGAGGAAAUUGGCCGGAUGGAGGAGAUCGGGACCGCUGCAGUGCCUGUUUCUCCAACACCUUCGUCCAGUACAUCGCUUUCCACCGCCAACUACCCGUCUGCAGCGGCGCUCACCAGCGAUCUCGCUGAGCAGAGAGAGCAAGACGAGUAUGACGGUGCCGGGGGCGCGCUUUGGCUGGACGCUCUCCGACCUGAGGAGAAUGGACGAGCCUACACUGCUUCUCCCACGACCCCGUUGCUGUCGGAGUCGACCUCGGGGGCUUCCCAUAUCCUGUGUAGAAGCGUCCCCACCCCAGAGUUGUAAUGCUGAUUUGCAUCUACAGAAACAUGCGCACCCCCAGCACGAAAAGCAUUUCUUUUUGUGUUUUGGUAUUGAUAACGAUAAGACUGUAAACAGGAUAAGCCGAUGGAUUUCGUAUGUUUAUUUUCUUGCUAAACUGAACUACACUACAUCGAGAAGCUUGUCUGUUUAUACGGAGAGUUGCAGCCGCACAGUUUGUUCAUACAGAGAGAAGCUUGUCAUGCGUUGGCGCAGAUGCACAGUCUGUGUAUGUCAUGCGUGACUCCCAAAGGCAAAGUCUGCAGAUUUGUGUUGUAGAAAAAUUGCCAACUCGGGUGCGGACGUUUUUGCUCAGGAUAUUGCAAUCGGUUUCGCCAUCCUCCAUGGGGCAUGUCGGAGUGUCUGCUGGCAGCACUGUCUGAGCCAGUGCAAAAGCAGGGCAGUAGUUGUAGUUCUGUAUCGUUUUGACGCCGAGUACCCUGCUCGGAUGUGGAACAUUUCUUCUACUCAGCUAGGAAGAAUUGAUAAAGUAAAGAUAAGUUUUUGACAGGACGAGAAGCCUCACUUGAUCUGAUGGUUGUACCUUCAUUCUAUCUUCCUCGACACCUUCCUCCAUUUCUUGAGGCUAUUUCAAACGAUGAUCUCAUCUUACCUGAGAGAAAGAAAUAAUGCAUUACGGUCGAAGCUGCAGGCGUGGCUGUGGGUGUGGGUAUUAAAAAGGGCCAGCCUACUCUGCCUCUGUCAGCCUUCGGUUGAGACAUUACCGGUAGGGCGAAAGACCUGAAAAAAAUACCAAUAAAGGCGCUGCCCAGAUAUUUCCUUACAAGAAAAGCGCGCGUCGAUGUUUCUCGUCCAAAUUAAUAUGUAAAUAAAAAAACAAUAUUAUCAAUGACCUGCGUUGUUUCCUUCCUUUAAGACACCGUGUAUGAUUAUUUUGAAUAUUUAAGUGCACUAAGAUAAGCUAAGACGUAUCUGACGGAUUCAUUUGAUCGGCUCGACCGGACUGAAGGUUUGUUAAUGUAUUUGAUGCAACUUUCUGCUUUUUCCACUUCCACAACAGGUUUUUACUGAAAAAUGCGUCGCAGGACUUACAACAGAUUGAUAGGUAGAGGAGAAAUUGCGAGUGCCCGCGACCGCACGUAAGACUUCGGCGGUUGGGCGAAGUGAUGUCGCGAAGGUAAGAUCCGUGGGUUGUGCGAAACGAUAAAGUUCAA